UAGCAGGAAAGAACGAAGGGUGGUACUGUCCUUUUAUGGGACGUAAUAACAUAUAACUGUAGAACAUGUUUUUGUUUAACACAAACAACAAUUAGGGAAUUGGGUUUUGAUGAAUAAUGAUGAACGGAGUGAGGCGUAGAUUGUUGCAUACUCUUUGUGGCGAUGUGCCGACACAAACACUGAAGAGAAAGGCGUUGGAUUUGGAGAAGAAAAGGAAGAUUAGGAAGUCGAAGACCAAGGACCAGUUCAUCGUUGAAGUCCCCGAAUCCAUGUCGUACCUCGACACCGCCACCAUGCCCAUGAUUGCCGGUGCCGUUGGAGUUGCAGUAUUCGCCAAGAUCCUCAUGAUGAUUGAUGAAUCGAAAUCCCAAGAGUUGCUGGAGCGCAAGAUAAAGAAUGCUCCUGAAGGUCAAGGCACGGUGAGAAUGCUGAGCCGUGAGGAGUGGGAGAAGAUUCAAGAAAUCAGGCCUAGGACUCCAUUUGAGUCUAAGUUUGCUCGCCCUAAUGCCAGAAUAAGAACCGGAGAACCAUUGCGUCUGGAGGACUUAAAGGAUUGGACAAUUGAUGUUCUCAUGGAUGCUGUUAGCAGAGUUGAAGAGUAUGCUAAAUAUGGUUCGAAGUGAUGUGCAACUUGUCCUGAGCUUAACCUUGUUUUAUCUAUGACUUCGAAUUAUUCUCUUUUUUGAAUGCUGAAUAUAAAUAAUUUCCAGUACUAUGUGUUGUGAUGAGAUGACACGGAAUCAUAAUAACUACAUCGUUUACCUUAAUUUUCAUCCGGGAAAAUUGCAUUGAUUGUUUGG